AUGAAGGCCGCCCUCUUCCUCUCCGCUCUCGCCUCUGCCGCCGUUGGCGUCGUUGCCGAGGAGCUCAAGAUUGACGUGACUCUCCCCGUGGUCUGCGAGCGCAAGACCCAGAAGGGCGACAAGGUCCAGAUGCACUACCGUGGCACCCUCAAGGCUUCGGGCGAGCAGUUCGAUGCCAGCUACGAUCGUGGCACUCCUCUUUCCUUCCAGGUUGGUUCCGGCCAGGUUAUCAAGGGAUGGGAUGAGGGUCUUCUUGACAUGUGCAUUGGCGAGAAGCGACUCCUGACCAUUCCCCCCGAGUACGGCUACGGCAACCGAGCCAUUGGCCCUAUCCCCGCUGGCUCGACCCUGGUUUUCGAGACCGAGCUCGUUGGCAUCGCUGGUGUCCCCAAGCCUGAGAAGAUCGAGACCAAGGUUGUCGAAGGCGCCGAGAGCGCCGCCGAGGCCAUUAGCAAGGCUACUGAGUCUGUUGCCGAGGCCACUCAGAAGGUUGCCGGUAAGGUCGCCCAGGCUGUUGCCGAUGCUGCUGCCGCCGCCGCGACCAUCAUCGCCGAUACUGAUGACGCUCCCGAGCACGAGGAGCUGUAA